UCAUGCAUUUAAGUGCGCUUUAAAAAGAUUGGAGGCCGAAGGAGUGACAUGCUUCGAAAGAAAAGUUGACAGAACAGUCGAAGCUAGGCCUAGUGCAGUUUUGAAAGUUUUACAUUUUUGGAUCUUGUUCCUUGCAAAAUGAGUCGAGCGACGAGAAACACUAUAAAAACUUAUGGUAGACACAGACAAAGGAUCAUAGCGGCAGACAUUUGGAGUUCUGACGACGAGAAAAAGGCAGAUCUCGGUGCUGGUGUUUUUAGCAGUAGCAGCUCUCAUGGUUCCAGUCUGGAUUUCUCCAACCAGGACACUACAAACGACAGUUUGUUUAGUGGACCAAUCAGAAGAAGCACAAAGAAACCCUUGAGAGGUUAUAACAAGGAGAAUGGUGGACGUAUAACUAACAAGAGACUUCUUCAGAAGAAGCUGGGAUCCGAAGGGGAUAGCUGCUCCAGUACAGGAAGUGACAGCCUAUUCCAGUCACGUCGACCAAGGAGAGCCCUGAAAGACAGGAACUACAAGGAGGAGCCUGGGGAGAACAAACCCAAAUAUGUAGGCAAACGGAAGCGGGCUCCGAAAACGGAAGAACUUAGGACCAAUCCAAAGUCGGACUCCCUGUCUUCUGUGACAAACUUCAGUGAGUUUGAUGACUAUAGUCUUGUGAUAUCAGGGUCUCCCGCUCAGAAUAACAGUCAACUCAAGAAUGGUGGAAUAUUUUCCCCGCAUUUUUUACGAAGUAAAAGUAAAAUCGAAACUAGUACCCCAUGUGCCAAACGGACAUGUUCGGCAAACGACAUCAAUAAUUUGUCAGUAAUUGACCAUGUGGAUGAAGAUGUGCCAUUGUCACCUUCUGUUCAUAUAGAUCAAAGCUCGUAUGCUCAAGAAAGUGUUUCAAAAGUGCCAUCAUGUAAUAAUAUAUCAGAUUCCAGCAAUGUCAGCAAAUCUUUGUUGAAGAAUUCCAAGAAUGAAAGUCCCGUUAACCCGUGUGUGGUACAACUGGAGAAAUUAAGACAGAGUUUCCUCUCUAUGCAUGUGUCUCAUCGGACCUCCAAACAGUCUAAUUUUAACCACUCAGAUAGUCUGUUUAGCAGUUUUGACGAGAAAAAUUCCUUAAAGUGUGUGACUGCGGAAUCUAAUUUAGAGGGUUCAGAUUCUGAAGAAAACGAUGAAAGUGACAAUGAUUCGGAAGAGGAUACUGAAGAAAAUUCUGAUGAAGAUUUAAGUAAGAUAAGCGAAGAAGAUAAUGAUGAAGAAGUUACGGAAGACAGCGAAGAAGAGGAGCCAGAGGAAGAAGGGGAAGAUGAAGGGAACGUAACAAAGUUCAUGCUGGCCAGCUCUGAAGAGGACAACUUCUAUACUGCUCACUCAUCUCUAUCUUCCAGUGGAGGUCCUGAUCAGCCAAUCAGUGAAGAGGAUUCUGAUAUUCCAACCAAUGAGAAGUGUCCUAACAUGUCAAUUGAUGGGGGCGGUCCUGAGGUGUCAAUCAACAGAAGUCUGCUAAACAGAUCCCACUUUGAUAUCUUGACCCCACAGAGGAAAAAGAGUCUAACUCCAGCCUCUCCUCGCUCCAAAGUUUUGGAAGUGUGCCAACAGAAGGACAUAGAAACAUUUCAAUCCUGCAUAAGUACCACUAUGAUGAAACAGUGCAAAAAGGUCGGGGAAGGUGUUUAUGGAGAGGUUUUCCGGACGAAAAGGGGAAAUAACUCUGUAGCCCUAAAGGUGAUUCCAGUGGAGGGGGAUUUUGAGGUCAACGAUGAGAAACAGAAAUCAUUUGCCGAGAUUUUACCAGAAAUUGUUAUUUCUGUAGAAUUGAGUUUGCUCAGAGAGAAUGAUAUUUGCUACACACAGAACUUUUGUGAAGUCCAAAGGGUUUCAUGUAUAAAAGGAAGAUAUCCAUCUAAGCUUUUAAGUGAAUGGAAUACAUUUCAUGAAGAGAAGGGUUCAGAAAAUGAUAAUCCAGAUAUGUUUAAGGAGGAUCAGUUAUUUAUUAUGUUUGAGUUUGCUGAUGGAGGGAAGGACCUAGAGGCUGCUCAGUUCAACAAUAUCUUUGAGGCCAAGAGUGUGUUUGAACAGGUGACAUUUUCCCUGGCAGUUGCCGAGGAAGCUCUUCAGUUCGAACACAGAGAUCUUCACUGGGGAAAUGUAUUGGUCAAGAAGACAGGGGUCAAAGUUCAUGAGUAUGUUGUGCUGGGACAGACAUUCCAAGUGGAAUCCCACGGCGUCCAUGUCAGCAUCAUAGAUUUUACCUUGUCUAGGCUGGAUAAAGAUGGGUGCACAAUCUUCACCGAUCUCUCAACAGAUGAGAGCUUAUUUGAAGGCACAGGAGAUUAUCAAUUUGAUAUUUACAGGAAAAUGAGAGAGCUUAACAAAAAUGACUGGAAGGGUUUUCAUGCCCAGACCAAUGUGUUCUGGCUACAUUACUUAGCAGAUAAACUCAUCCGAGGGAAACGUUACAAACGAAAUACAAAGAAGGACCAGGCUCUUCUCAGAAGCUUCAGGAACUUUUCCAAAGACAUGUUAGAUUACACUAGUGCAUGUGAUAUGAUCAUCUCAGCAGAUUUCUUUUCCUCAUGA